ACCCUUAGGAGAUCGCCGCAAAAUUCAGGCUGAAGGGCGGAGUGCUCUUGUUUGGAAACAGGAGAGUGAUAAAAACAAAAGAAGAAGCCAUGGGACUAUUUCAAGAGUACACACUGGUGUACUCAAGACUCGAACUGCAAUGUGUUCCAGAUUUUACUGGUAUGGAAUGUCGGUUGACAUUGUUAAUUGGGUCCUGGCUUGUGACCAGUGUCAAAAAAUGGGAAAACCAUUGGCUGCUGUGCAACCACUGCAGUGUAUAAAGGUGUCACAUGUCUGGGAGCUAAUCGGAAUAGAUCUAACUGGACCUCUUCCAAAAACGUCUAGUGGCUUCCAGUACAUUAUGACUGCAACAGACUACUGUUGUGGCCCGUUGGCCUUUACCCGGCUUUUCCACUAAAAAUCUCAUGCAUGCCUGAGCUAACUUAUCAUAUUUUUCUUUCAGUAAAGAGGCUAUGGGCUGCAAAGGAUACUGGGCGCUUGGAAUCAGUUGUUGGACCAUACAAGUUAUUUGAUUCCUCUUUUCGAACACUGCAGGGGUCACGGUGGCUUUCUGAUGAGGUCAUUGAUGCAUACCUGCACUGUGUUAUUGAGAGACGAAAGAAUGCUGUACACCUGCUCUGUUCAGUAGUUGCAAGCUCGUUGUUUUCUGGGAAGUUCAGAUGCCUCACCAAGAUGAAGUUCCCAGUUGAAGACAUGUGGCUGUGCCCUGUGAACUUUGGUACACACUGGAUUCUUGUGAUUGUCAACAUUUCUGCACAGAAAAUACUACUCAUAGACCCCAUGGGGAAUGAAGGUGUUUAUGACAGGAAAAUUCUGCGCAACUGGAGGAAUUUUCUGAGGAUGAGAGGGCAUGAAGACACCAUGGAGUGGCAGUUACAGAUUAUGCAACACAACAAGCAACAGGAUUCCAGCUGUUGCGGAGUUUUGCUGUUAAAGUUUGCAGAACAGUACCUUGCUUUUGGAGAGGUCAGUGAGGUGUUAACCACUACAGAAGCAGUUGUGCUGGAGCGAAUGCAGAUAGCUUGCACCCUACUUGAACAUCGAGGUAAGUCCAGUAAAGUCCUUAUCACAUUAGAGUGUGUACUUCCAAUUUAAAUAGUGCUUUUCAAACAGCACAGUACCAAAUAGUGCUUUUCAAACAUUUUCAGAUAAGACCCUUCUUAA